AUGAGACUCUCUUUAACGCUCAUAGCUGUCGUGGCUUCGAUCGCUCUUACCCAAGAUAUAGCCAGCGAUGAGCCUACCAAGGUACACGUCCUAUGGGAACCUGAGAAGGUCGCGGAUGACGCAGAAUGGGCUGCAGCCCGCCAGAAGGGAGAUGAUUUGAUAUGUCGACUCGAAGCCACGGACGAGGCUGCUGGUAGACUAAAUAUGGACACACGAACACCGCCUUCGGCGCGCAAUCAAUGGCCCGAUGCCGCGCUCACAAGUGAGAUAAGUCUCUGGGGUUGGUUUACUGGCGAAUAUGACCAGAAAUCGCAUUGCCAAUUUGCCGAUGAUAACGAAGAUUACCAUGUCAACAAGGUCGGGACUAUGUUCCAGGAUCUUGAACACUACAACGAGCACGCCGAAGAUGACGAUGGAGACACUCUUGCGGCGCAAGACCAGUACUACGACAUCAAUGGUGUUUGGGAGCGGUGUACCGGUGCGCAUGUUCGAUUCGGUAUCAACCAACGAGGCGGACUGAUCAUUGGUCUCGACUUCCUCAACCCUAGAACAGCAGCACUGGCAAAUUGGGAUGACAGCCCAGCAGAAGCUAGCCUUCCGGAGCUCAAGCGCGCCUCGGACAUCAUGAUGGCGUACUGGCUUCGCGGCAAUAUUGACCCCAAAAGCCUCAAAUAUUAUCUUGUGCUCACCAUCAAGAAUACGAUGACUCUCGCUCUCAUCAACAGAGUGUUGAAGAAUCAUGGUCUCAAAGAGGUACCGUACUGGCCUGGUGUGAUAGCCAACAUGUACGACGAGGAAGGCCCGGCGUUACUUGGUGAGUAG